GGCCGGGGCGGCGCAUGCGCGGUGGCUCCGUGAGGGUUUGGGGUGCCCCGCCCGCCAUGGGCCGCUCCUCCAAGGACAAGCGGGACGUUUAUUACCGGCUGGCCAAGGAGGGCGGCUGGAGAGCACGCAGCGCCUUCAAACUGCUGCAGCUGGAGCAGCGCUUCCAGCUCCUGCACGGGGUCCAGCGGGCCGUGGAUCUUUGUGCUGCCCCCGGGAGCUGGAGCCAGGUGCUGAGUCGGCACCUCAGGGGCUCCGAGGGGUCCCCAGCCCAGGUGGUGGCCGUGGAUCUCCAGGCCAUGGCGCCGCUCCCGGGGGUGGUGCAGAUCCAGGGGGACAUCACCAAGGCCUCCACGGCCCGGGAGAUCCAGCGCCACUUCGAGGGGCACCCGGCCGACCUGGUGGUCUGUGACGGGGCCCCUGAUGUAACGGGGCUGCACGACCUGGACGAGUACAUCCAGGCCCAGCUGCUGCUGGCAGCGCUGAACAUCACCACGCACGUCCUGAAGAAAGGUGGCACCUUCGUGGCCAAGAUUUUCCGGGGCAAGGACGUGACCCUGCUCUACUCCCAGCUGCGCCUCUUCUUCCCCGACGUCACCUGCGCCAAGCCCCGCAGCAGCCGCAACUCCAGCAUCGAGGCUUUCGUGGUGUGCCGUGGCUACGCCCCCCCCGAGGGCUUCGUGCCCACCAUGGAGAACCCCCUGCUGGAGCCCGAGGCGGGCCUGGCCCUGGCCGCUCUCUCGGGCCCCUCCCGUGUCCUCGUGCCCUUCGUGGCCUGCGGCGACCUGAGCGCCUUCGACCCCGACCGCAGCUACCCCCUGCAGCUGGACCCCGCCAGGCCCUACAGCUUCGUGCCGCCCCCCGCGCCCCCCAUCGCGCCCCCCCUACGCCCGCGCCCUGCCGCCUGCGCCGGGGGGGGCGGCGGCCGGGGGGGCGUGCAAGGACCCCCGUGUGAGGGGAUGGGCGUGCAAGGACCCCCCGUGUGAGGAGAUGGGUGUGCAAGGACCCCCCCCAAGAAGGGAUGGGCGUGCAAGGACCCCCCGUGUGAGGGGGUGGGCGUGCAAGGACCCCCCCAAGAAGGGAUGGGCGUGCAAGGACCCCCGUGUGAGGGGAUGGGUGUGCAAGGACCCCCGUGUGAGGGGGGUGGGCGUGCAAGGACCCCCGUGUGAGGGGGGUGGGCGUGCAAGGACCCCAACAGGAGGAACAGGAAGAGUCCUUGUGUGAGGGGGUGGGCGUGCAAGGACCCCCGUGUGAGGGGGACAGAGCCUCAUGUGGAUGAGUGUGCAAGGAUCCUUGCAUGAGAUAAGUGUGCAAGGAUCUCUGUGUGAGAUGGGUGUGCGAGGACCCUCACAUGGGAUGGGUGUGCAAGGACCCCAACAGGAGGAACAGGAAGAGUCCUUGUGUGAGGGGAUGGGUGUGCAAGGACCCCCCCAGGAGGGGGUGGGUGUUGCAAGGACCCCCGUGCAAGGAGCUGCGCCAGCUCCGUCUUUUGGACUGAAUUUCUGCCCUA